AUGUUCAAUGAAGGGGUUGGUCCUGACGCUCUCGACGCUGAAGGAUUCGGGUACUAUCAUCUCCACCAGGCAUUGUCACAAUCUCUUGUCGCAGAUGGCCUUGAGGCACCACCACCCCUUCCUGCACAUGUUUCAUCUAUCCAUGACCUCCUAACAGCCCCUGCUCCUACCAUGCCCCCCCUUGCAAGUACCUCAGCACGCAUACCAUCAACUGCUCUCACAAAUGCAACUCCUGUUUCAAGAAUGCCCAAACCUCCUCGUAUUACCAGCCAGCUGGAUCCGCUGUGGGAACAGGACCUCCGGCAAUGUGCACAUUUAGGGUCAGAGAGCACACGAGUCGCUGAGCGACAGAAAGAAAUUGAGCGCAAGUCCAGACAACACUUAGUCUUGAACUGGUUUGAUGAUGAUAAUACUCCUGUCAAACGCCAAUGGGUGUCUGACUGCCCAUACUUUCCCUUUUAUCAGCUGGCUGAUGAUCUGGAACCCCUCUCACAUCCCUUGACACUCAAAUCUGAGUGCCACGUCUUCAUCCAUCGCUACGGCACAACUGAUUGUCACGACUUCAAUGAGCUUUACAACACCUCCAAGGAGUCCAUGUGUCCUGUACAUCUCCGCACCAACAUGAAGCUGAAUCACAAUAGACUUUGUAUGGCAAUCAAUGCAACCAAGCGGUCAUCACCUCAGUCAGCACCAGAGGAUGUUGAGUCCUCAGAGGUGGAAAUCGUUGAUGACACACAGGUGACACCAAGACCAUCAACAAAGGCUCUAGGCAAGCGGCCCCGCUGGUUUAGCAGCCCAGAGAACAGCCCACCAGUGCAAUCUCAAACUGUCCAACCACCCUCAGCACGUCCACACUUGUACUUGGACUUUGAUAGUUUACGAGCAACAUCAAUGUCCCCAACACCUCCACCGUCCCCAUCUCCUGUGGACUCUAUCACAUCAUCAGACUCUCUGCUAUCAACUCAUUUGACAUCAUCCACAUCUUCUGUUGACCCUGGUGAAUUUAAACCACUGUCUGUCAUACCGGUUUUUGUUCCACCACAUAAGGGCAAACAUGUCUGGCCACGCAGCAUGUAUAUGAUGGAUAUGGCCACUGGUUUUCGGCAGAUGGACUCACUACUCCUCCGCCAGCACUAUAGCCAAGAGAUACUGUUUGGUCUCAUUUUCGGUGUCCCGUUUGUUCACGCAACUUAUCAUGUGAAUCGCUCAGCUUGGGCCAACACAAAGAAAACAUCACUGCUUCUUGCUCAUGAGCGCACUGGACGCACUCUCGAUGGCCUUUUGAACAUGCUACUUGGCUGCACGCCAGGAUGCGCUUGGCCAAACCAGUAA